AUCGAUAGUCUGAUGAACGGCUGUUAACGGCGCCGUGCAGGUUAUGUAAAAUAAGAAGUACAAUUUUGGAGAUCAAUUAAAAACCCAUAGAAUAUUAAUAACUUGCUGCUAAUAACCAACCAUGGUCUUCCUGAAUCUGCCCCUUUUGGUGCGAGCCCGAGGUCCCGAUGAAUUCUGGCGGAAGAGGCGCAUCUUUAAGCUGGCAGCGCACUACAGGAGCCGCACGCGCAAUGUCUACUCCUUCGCCAUAAGAAGUGUCCAUAGGGCACUGGCCUAUGCCACCAAAGGACGAAAGCUGAAGAAACUGGACAUGGCGCAACUGUGGAGCACCCGCGUGGAGGCGGGUUGCCAGCAAUAUGGUGUGGGUUUGGAAACCUUCAAGGACGGCCUGGCGCGCUCUGAUAUCCUGCUCAACAAGAAAGUCUUGUCUGAUCUGGCCAUUUGGGAACCCCGUUCCUUCGAAGCUCUGGUCAAGAUCUCUCGGGAACGGGCCGCCGUCGAAGGAAUGCCCGAUAUCAAGCGGAGGUCGGCCUUUAACCAGGUUUACGGCCUGAGCAACAUGAAGUUGGAUUAAUUUAGGCUUAAGUAGGGAACGAAAAUAUAGAUUUUUGUAUAUUUUAA